AUGGCCCAGCCUCAUAACAGCGCCAGCCAACAUGACCCUCUGGAUAUCGAAGAACUACCUUCUUCGGUCAAUGUAUAUCAUUACAGCAGUAUGGACGACUUUUGGCAGAUCAUCUCACUUGAGCGUAGUCGUCUCUAUAGCUCUUUCCCUGCUGUACAGGCGAAUUACAAAAGAGGCCAGGACGAUUCAAUUAGACAGCCACAGACGGAAGGCACCCAGAACGAUCACAUUAUCUUCAUCAUUGACCCUAUGACUUUUGCACACGACUUCCUUGAUUCAUCAGCCGAUCUUCCUUUUCACGAUAGGAUAUCCUUCAAUCCAAAAGAUCACCUCCUUAUCGUGAAGAUGCCUGUACCAGCGCACGAGCAAGCCGCAACGGUGUUUCACGAUACGCUCAUAUUAGCCCUCCAGGAAAGAGGCCUACAAAAGGCGAUUUUCUCAUGGAGAUCGACGACAUUGACUGCUGAAGAUGGCACAAGAAAGGAAGCAGACGGGGGAUGGGGUCCACGAAGACCUCCCCACGGAGCUCCUAAAAGGCCCUCGGUGGUUCUAGAAGUCGCAUCGUCAGAGACUCCUGCCAAACUUCGCCGUGAUGCCCACUACUGGGUAGAUCCAGCAAGAGGCCAGGCUAACAUGGCUUUCACAGUCAAGGUCCAUGCCAAAAUUCCCCAGAUCACUAUCCAGCAAUGGGAGUGGGAUGAAGCGGUCUCCAGACCUAUUAGAAAAACAGACCUUACCAUCACAACAUCGAGUUCCGAUGGCAAAGUCUAUUUUAAUCCCAACCAGCCCACACCGCAGCUCCUCAUACCCUUUCACCUUCUAUUCCGACGACCAGCGGAGAAUCACAGGGAACGUGACAUUGUGGUUGGGACACAGGACCUCAUCGAGUUCGCAACGUUGGUGUGGGAUUUGCAAUUCCAGAAUGAGCAAGAAUGA